AUGUGGUGUUUAGUGAUUGUUGCCCUUCUUGGGCCUACGCUGAUAAACGCUUCUUGUGGACAAAAGCCUGCCAAUGCACGUGUUGUUAAUGGUGAAGACGCCACACCUCACGCCUGGCCCUGGCAGAUCUCUCUACGGGUUAAUGGCCAACACAUCUGCGGUGGAUCGUUAUUCAAGAAUGACUGGGUUAUCACUGCAGCUCAUUGUGUGGCUAGAGCCCACGAUAGAUAUGGCACAACCUCUUUCCAGAAAACAUUUAAUCUUCGCAAGGUAAUCAAACAUAAAAAGUUUAACAUGCGUCAUCUGAAAAAUGACAUCGCCCUACUUCAAUUGAGUGGGUCUGUUACUACAAGCGAUGAGGUGAACGUCGUUUGUCUCCCAAAGCAAGGAAAGACAGMUGUAAUUGGAAAGRACUGCUWCAUCACAGGUUUGAAGAAUACUUUUUUUUAA